AUGGAACAGACUAAAGAACACUGGACUUUAAGGCUUGAGAACCUGGGUUCUCAUACUGCAUGUGACAUCUGUGAGAUGUGUGAUGAUGGAGUCAGGCUUGUAUCUGCAUCUAUCCUGAAUAGUUCAGAGAUCCGUUUUGAACAGCCCACUUCUAGCAGUACCCCUCUCCAGCUGGCCGGUCGGGAGUUCCAGAUCAGUGCUAUUUCCCGGGACAUCGACACAGCUGCCAAGUUCAUUGGUGCUGGGGCCGCCACAGUUGGGGUGGCUGGCUCAGGGGCUGGAAUCGGGACAGUGUUUGGCAGUUUAAUCAUCAGCUACACUAGGAACCCAUCCCUCAAGCAGCAGCUCUUCUACUCCAUCCUUGGCUUUGCCCUGUCUGAAGCUAUGGGGCUCUUCUGUUUGUCGGUAGCCUUCCUUAUCCUCUUCGCCAUGUGA